CAAAACGGAAUGUGUCCAUCUGAGCAGAGAUUAUUGUGCAAAGACCCCCCCAACCCACGUCAUGCCUAGGGGGAAAUUCUCCAUCUGAUCGACACACUUUCCCAUUUGUUUUGACAGCAGAUUAUUCUUCAUUUCAGUCAAGUGAAAAAUCGACGAAAAUCAUCUCAAUGACGUCCGUCCCCUCCUCGUGACUUCAACAAUUAAAUUUUCAGUUUUUCCUCCUGAUUUAUUUACAAAUGGUGUCAUAAAACAAUCAAUGGCUAGUAAUAAUCGAACAAAAUCCGAGGAGAGUGAAAAAUUUUGCACCAUGGAAGAGAGAACAGAGUAUUUCACUAAAUUAGAAAAAUGGUUGCAAGAGGCCUAUGCUUGGCAGACUGUUGCCGCUAUGUUUCCUUAUUAUUUAAUGUCUGGACAAAUUUUACAACCAAAUGGAAAUAAUUUCUUACCUCAAUUUUCACCGAGUGCUGGAGCCCCAGGCUUCCCAAGUGGACCAUCAGCCACGUCGAAUGACUCCACGAGACUGCGAGACAGAAGAGAUUCGAGACCUGGUCCCGUACUCACGCCUGAAGGAAUUGAAUACCGGAUUCCACCGAUUUGGAAGCGUUUCGUAGCUGAACUCAUCGAUUCAGUUAUGUUAUUUUUGCUCAAGCUUAUGAUAACUUUUGUUGCUCUGGAUAUAUUCGCGGCGAUGAAUAUGGAAUCUUACAAGGUGGAUUUACUCCAAACAAGCCUCAGAAUAGUUGAUUACAAAAUGGCUAUGGAAGUUGCAUCCAGAAUAUUAGUCUGGGAAUUGAUGCAUCGAUUCAUUGUUUGUAUAUUUGAGGCUUUGUGGCUUCAGCACGGGAUGCACGGUCGAAUAGGGGGUGCAACCCCCGGCAAAUCUGUGAUGGGCCUGCGAGUGGUGCAGUGUCGAAAUAUAACUCCAGCGAAUCGUCCAGGGGACCCAGAUGCCGUCAUAGUGUCUCCGGGCACUGACCUGGGUCUGCCACUCGCCCUAGGCAGAUCGAUAGUGAAAAAUUUAAUAAUGACAUUUCUAUUCCCAAUCUGCUUCUCCCUGUUUUCCUUCAGGUUCAAUCGUACUGGUUACGAUCUCGCCUGCUCCUCCAUCGUCGUGGAAGAUCCUUACAGACAACAGAACAAUCGAGCCCAUCAACGCUGAGAUAUGCUUGAGGGAACAUAAAUAACGAACAAAAAAGGUUCAAAUUCUAUCUCUGUGGAGUGAGAAGAUCAGAGGAUUUUCUUUCUUUAUCAUUGGGGGAGGGAGGGGUGUUAACUAUUUACAAAGAUGAAUUGAACAGCAGAUGAUCCACUGAAGAGUAGAGGAAAAUAAAUUCAACGAAACAAUGUUUUUUUUUUCUGGGAGGAAAUUGAAUUUUUGUAAAUAUACAACAAAAAAUUCUCGUAAAAAUUUCUCUCAGACCCAGAGAUAUUCACCACAGGUCAUGUUGGGGUUUGGUGGACUCAUCCUGCUUCACUACUUCACUACUAAUUAAUUUUUUCAUUUUUACCACUUCCACUCUCUUUUCCAAACGCCCCAAUUCCCCCUGAAAUUAAUGAUCCAGCUAAUCUUCUCACUCCAAUCCCACAAUCCUAACAAACAAAACAGACUCUAAACAAAUUUUUCUAAUGUAACAUAAGAGAAAUCCUCUAAUUGUGUACAAAACUAUCGUGAUACUGUAUAUAAGAGACAGAAAUAUAUGGAAACUCCUUCGAAA